GCGGGUGAACCUGCCGAGUGGCUGCCGGAGCAAUGACAGCCAGCUGGGUACCGACUCGGACCGAAGCGCCGCUUUCCUACCGGCGAGGUGACAGCUGACGGUUUUCACACUUUGUUUUCAAAGUUGUUGUUUUUUUAAUUCGAAAUAACAUUUGACGCCAAAGAGGGAAACCUACAGUGAAGUGACAUGGGUGCUGAAGUGGACCCGGCGGUGUCCUCUGGAUGUUGCGGUAGUUCUGCGACCCAUACCGGGCUUGAGUGCUUGCUGUGGACACGCUGCUUGUUUCUGCGUGGGAAAUGAUUCGCCGUGGAGAAGAAGAAUAAAGAUAACGUUUUUAUUUUAUUUUUUAAUUUUAUUUUAUUUUACCGCUUUACUGUGAAAUCCUCCAUCAAGUGUUAUUUUCUAGGUAUACUUCCUUUUUGCUUGUUUUUUGAUUUGUCAUGCAACUACUCUGCAUGUGCCUUCAUAAUUCUGACCAUGAUUUGUUGAUAUGACUGACAUAUUAAUUGAUUUUUUAAAAUCAAACUCAGCCUAUAGUGCAGGAUUAAAAAGACUGUCCACUCUGGGGCAUAAAAUAACAGACUGGAAAUAGAUCACGAGUGGGUGAUUUUGUUGGAUUAUUUUGGUGGUAAAGACAUCAAAUUGUUAAUUAUGAUUUUUCUAGCUUGCAUGCUGCAGAUUGCAAGUUGGUGCCAUGCACAUGCAUAAGAUACCCUUUUCUUUUAAAAAUGUAAAAACAAGUACUUUCUUUGUUUAUACAUUUUUUUUUUUUUUUUUUUUCCGCAUCAACUUUCCUCCUAUUCCCAUGCGUCCUCCCCACACGCAGGACCUGCUGUGGACCGUGUUGUGGACUGUGUUGCUUCCCGGUGCCAUGGGCUGCAUCCAAAGCAUCAGGUGCAAGCCCAAGACUUUCCGUGACAGCAUCGCCGUCCUGGAGGUGAACGCUUCCAUCGACUCCAACCCCACCAGCAUCGACGAGUCCUCCGGCGUGGUCCUGCGCUACCGGACGCCGCACUUCCGCGCCCAGGCCCGGGUCCUGGUGCCGCCAGUGGCCGGUAAAGAGACGUGGACCGUCGGUUGGAUUCAAGCUUGUAACUACAUGGAGUUCUAUAACACGUAUGGCAGCAAAGGGAUGUCCAGUUGGGAGCUCCCUGAUCUCCGUGAUGGAAAGAUCCAGGCCAUCAGCGACUCAGACGGUGUCAACUACCCCUGGUACGGGAACACCACGGAGACCUGCACCAUCGUAGGUCCCACCAAGAAGGACAGCAAGUUCACCGUGAGCAUGAAUGACAAUUUCUACCCUAGCGUCACCUGGGGCGUGCCGGUCAGCGACAGCAACGCGCCUCAGCUCAGCGGCAUCCGCCGAGACCAGAGCUUCACCACCUGGCUGGUGGCCAUCAACCAGGCCACCUCGGAAACCGUCGUGCUGCAGACCAUCCGCUGGAGGAUGCGGCUUCACAUCCAGGUGGACCCGGAGAAGCCUCUGGGUCAAAGGGCGGCUCUGACCGAGCCGGUCGCCCAAGAACAGCCGCAGAUUUUAGGCAAAAACGAGCCCAUCCCGUCCAAUGCCAUGGUCAAGCCCAACGCCAACGAUGCGCAGUUGCUCAUGUGGCGGCCCGACGUCGGGGACCCUGUGUUGGUCAUCCCACCUAAAUACUAACCACACACUUACCAUGCUGGAACGUCAUUUUUUUAUGUUAAAAACCGACACCAGCUGUGAUGACUUUAGGGACUAAACAAAAAAACACAACCAUUCUACCUUGAAUCGGGGUCGGGUCUCACUGUGCGAAACGAAGUCACUGACUUCAAUUUGGGUUUGUGUGGAUUUCUAUUAUUUCAGUCACCACGACUGAGCGUUGAUUUUUUGGUUUUUAUUCAUAAGCUGCGAGUGUCCACUUUUGUAUUUGCGUGUCAGUGUGCGGAUCCUUUUCGUUUUUUAUUUUUUAAGCCUAUCGCAAGAUGUUCAAAUCCAUGCUGCCUUACAUUUACAUCGCUCUCUCUACUCCGAAACCCUUGAGCCUUAAACUAAGUGCAAUGCAAUGUUUUUGUUUGCCCCCGCCCCCGUCCGUCCGUGUCUUCCUUGCAUUUUUUUUUUGGUGCCGCAUUUGUGAGUCCGGAACAGAAACUUGUGUAAAAGGGAAGAAAGUUGAAGCUUCUACAACUUAAAAAAGAAAAUUAGUGUUUAACACGCUGAACUGUCAUGUAAAAAAGAACGAGGACAUUCCAUGGGCCAAACGGCUUUGUGGCGCCCCCUAUUGGUUGUGGUCAAUUAGUUGUGCGUGAUCGCGCUUUUAAAUUUGACACACACCUUGUUUGUCAAAUUCCAUAGUGAUUGGCCUUAACACCUUUUAAUAAGGACAACGGAUUCGAUUUCCAAAGCUGAAAACCCACCAUUCGUUCACGGUGGUAACCCAGCAAGAACAAGACGUUGAAACAACGUUGUUCAUUUACGUCCCGACGUUGAGCAACUCAAACCUAACGUUGGAACAACAAUGCUUUUUGACGACGUUUAAUCAAUAUUGGGUUCUGACGUUGAUUUGACCAUUGAAUUUUGGUCAUUUACCAAGCAAUAUUCUACAACACAAACACAACGUUGAAACAACAUGCUUUUUGACGUUUAUUCAAUGUCGGGUUGUGACGUUGAUUUGACCGUUGAAAUUUGUGGAUCCAAUGUUUGACACCAAAGUUUUUCUCAAUUUACAAAUACAACUAUUUUGCAAUGUUUUAAUUAAUUUAAAACUAAUUAUUUAAUUAGCGCCUACCUCCGACCACCACCAAACAUUCAUACACCGUGACGAGGAUGGCAGAAGACGGAAUCGAACCAGGAACCCUUAAGUUGCCGCUCCUUUAAAUUAAUAGGCGUGUAUUUUUCUUUGUUAAAAUUUCAGGUUGUAGUGAUUGAUCAUGUGUGGCAACCAAUCUUGUGUACCAUUUUGUAAACAUCCGUCCAUUUUCUACGGCUUGUCCCUUUCGGGGUCGCGGGGGGGUGCUGGAGCCUAUCUCAGCUGCAUGUGUUCGUCAAAUUUCGUGGUGAUCCGCCUUAAAGGGGAACUGCAAUUUUGCCUAUCGUUCACAAUCAUUAUGGAAGACAUGACGACGAAUGGAUUAUUUUUUUAAUGCAUUUAAACUUGUAAAUAAAUAGAAUAGAAAGUACUUUAUGAUCCCCGGGGGAAAUUCAGCACCACAGUUCGCUCACAAUAGACAAUAAUAAUAAUAAAUAAUAUAAUAUAUAUAAUAUAUUAUAUAUAUAAUAUAUGAAUAGUAUAAAUAUAUUCUACAUUUAAGUGCAGUCACUAUAGUCAAUAAAGUCCACUUACAGCGGAGCCAAUGGGAGGUCCUCUAGUUCCCCCAUAAAAAACAAUAAAUAACCAUUCAAAAAGUGCCAGCAAUACCCCAUUUACAUUUCGUGACUUGAAUAUGAACCAAGUAUUAGUGAUAUUGUUAUUAUAAGCACUAACACAGACAAACUAUUUAUAGCGGUGACGUGAUCACUACUGUGUGUCCCUAUGUUUACAUCAUCGAGUGGUUUGCUGUUUCCUCGCUUCCCUGCUCCCUGGAAGUUUAUUGUAGAUCAUAAAUCAUGCCUCUCACAUGGACAGAAGAAGUCUGAGUAGGUAUUCCGACAAGUUGGUACACUUUGACAGCCCGAAAAUGGCGACAAAAGCACAAAAAGACCCUCCCACCCCCUCGUUUUUUGGUGAGGAUUAUCAAUCAAUCAAUCAAAGUUUAUUUAUAUAGCCCUUGAUCACAAGUGUCUCAAAGGGCUGCACGAGCCACAGCGGCUCAGAUCCCCUUAUGAGUCAUUCUUCAUCUAAGUGGGAUUAUAUGAACAUCCUAACAGUCUGCAUCUUAAUGACAGCAGACAUUGCACAUUAAGUGAUGUUGUAUUAUGUUUGUUGGCUCUCAAAAAGUCUGCAGUGAGCAGAAAUCAGUGAAGAAAAAUUAAAAAAAAAAGCUAAAGUUGUGAUGCGCUUUUGAAAUUAAUGCGCCGCGUAUUCUUAAAAUGAUCAAAAUACGUAAAUAUUCAAUGUUAUUAUAAAUGUGCCUGUUACUACAUUACAUAUAUACUUAUAUCAUGUAUAUAAAACCUUAAUGGAGGUGUUUAGAUGUUUUUUAAGGGCUUUAUAGGCAGAAUAGCACUGCUCCCAUAGGCUCCAUUGUAAGCAGACUUUUGAUCACAUUUAAUAUUUAGAAUGCAAAAAAAGCCCCCAAAAACAUCAGUUUUGUCUUUCAUAAUGUUUGUGAACUAUAGGCAAAAUUCCAAAAAAAAGUGCAGUUCCCCUUUAACACCUUCAAGUUAGUUAGAAAAUGUAAAAUCAGUGGGAAAUUUGGGGUCUUAAUACCAGCAAAGGCACAUCACCAUUGGGUGGAUUUUUAUUCUUUAAAACGUCACCUGAAGUGUGCAGCGGUUCAAGACGAGAAGCAUUAGCUUCCACAACAAAUCCAUCUUGCGAAGAUGAAAAAUUAAGAUUAAGGGUCCAACCCUUGAUUUCAGCAUCAAGAUUUUUUUUUUUACCAUGAAUUGAUUAACGUGGACCCCGACUUAAACAAGUUGAAAAACUUAUUCGGGUGUUGCCAUUUAGUGGUCAAUUGUACGGAAUAUGUACUGUACUGUGCAAUCUACUGGUAAAAGUCUCAAUCAAUCAAUCAAAAGGUAAUCUGUUUCGUCAGGCAAGACCCCGGUGCCACCCACACCGGUGUAAAUGUAGCUUAAUGUAUUUAACGUCGUCUCUAUGUAAAGCGCUUUGAGUCAGUAGAGAAAAAGCGCUAUGUAAAUAAAAUCUACUUCACAUAGUAAGAAUAAAAGGGGCUCGUCUCCAUUAAAAGCACAAAAUAACCCUCUGGCAACUUGAACGACUUAAAAAAAGGACUCAAGUCUUCUUUUGUGUGACAAAAGUGGACAGAAAAAGUUGUAAUUUAAUUGUUCGUGUUGAGGCUCUGAAACCCCCCAAAGUAACAAAACAAGCCAUUCUCAUCUCGUUUUUAAACUGCUGCUGAGCAUUUCAACACUCCUCUCUUUGGAGAAGGACUAUGCAAAUGUAGUGGGGCAAAAGAGACAAGAAAAGCAGGCAAAGAGUACACUCAAAUACAGCCGGGAUGGUCGCCAUGCCAUCCCACACACUUACAAGUAAGGUGGAGCAGAUGGCGUCCAUAAAGUAUGUGGAAUUUGCAAGGAAGGAAUUAUCAGUAGUGACCAGUGAAUAGUGAAUAAUGUCCUGACAAACCACUGGUGUUGCAAGCUCUACUUAAAUAAUGCUAAGCAGAACAAUAAAACAAUCCCAAUAAGUGAUAGAUGAGUAUGCUGAGUUAAAACAAAUAAAACAGUCAAAAUAGAGAAAGAGACUCAGGCUGCCAUCCGGAUGAGAGUUUAAGAAAAGAAGGGCUGGCGGGGAGACUCCUGACAUAAUUAGAUCACUUGGAUGCCCCUCAAGAACUGAACCGUGCCAAGCCAAGCUUGUGUGUGAAAGGUCUCAGCCGAAGGGGUCGCCCGGCCGGGUUAGUUAGGUUUGCAAAUGUCAGCUGAGGCUGCGCGGGAUUGUCGCGGUUUUAAAGGCCGGCAUUGUUCUGUGUAAACAGGACUGAUACAGAAGGAAGGGGACCAGGUUUCCUGUCCUUUGGAGUUGGAGCGCCCAUAGAGGUGGGAUGGCACAUGUGAGGAAUCAGGUGUCAAACACAUCGGGGCCAUGGAAGCACUCCCAUGGGUCAAGUCACAAUAUUUUGCGACAGAGGCAAUUUAUGCAAAUUAUGCUUGGCCUUGCACAUUUUGGCCAAUGGAAUCUUCCCAAGCAGCGCUCGAAUGCAACGCGGUGGUCCUCACACUUUUUUUUGUCACAAAGGACCACCUCAGAAAAAAACCUGGCUUUCCAAGUAUCAGCAUUAAAAUACAGUAGCGCAGUCGGCCUAAGUGUGCAUUAAAAACACGGCAGAGGUUUUACUGCAUAAGUAUACAUUACACACAGUUUGAACAGUAACACUGUGUUUGCAUGUAGGAAAAUUAAAAAACUGUAGAGACUCUUUGGCGUACCACUAGAUGAAGCCCGCGUAUCAUCCCACGGUUUGACAGUUACUGGCCUAACCAAUCAAACGUCUCCCUGCCUGCAUCUCGGGAGAGUGGGGCGACAACUUUUUUAAAAAUGUUGCAGCAAAAUCCGACAUUUGAUGUGGGGGUUGAAAGGGGAAAACCUGCAAAAACGUAAAAUAGCUUCACAAAACACAACUGCGGGGAAAACACACUUCGUUAUAUCGGUAACUCUAUAAGAAAGUUCUUUUUUCUGGGCAUCCUUAUGCAUUUGUGUAUCCCUCUCACACCCGGUACCACUUGUACCCCUUACUUCCUGGUAGCAUGCUCACUAUGGAGGCCCAAAUGGGACAUCAUUAAAUCAAUGUUUGGAAUAAUUACUUACAUGUGUCAUUAACCUCUUAAGCUGUUUGUUUACAUGCUUUUUUUUAUUUCUCUUUGCUAUUUGGGCUUAUUGGACCCUAAUUAGAAUAAAAACUAAAAAUCAUCUUUUUAUAUGAUGUACUUAGUCCAUAAGUACACAAACGUGUACUUCAUGUGUAGUGUCAUGCAAAUUUUUAUUUUUACACUUUUUUUUUCCCAAAUUCCAUUGUAUGUUAUACUCUUCUGACACCACCAGAUAGCAGUAUAAGUGUUCAUAUGUCGGCAUAAGACCCCAAUUCAGUAGUGUACACAAUUUUGGAAAUAAGAGCUAAAAGGUGCUGUCCACGCAUGUGGCCACUAAGGCCUUUAGAGGUUAAGUAAUCAAAUCAUGAAAACAAUUUAAUCGAUAUUUAAGUAAAUCGUAAAAUAAAUAAAUCACCAAAUAAUACAAUUAAUAAUUAAAUCAGGGGUGUCAAAGUCAAGGAAUGAAUUAUCUAUGGCCCCCGGGGUGAUAUUUGAUUAGUAUUAGAACCGGCCCGCAGGCCACAGCCGCCUGCUGCUGGUUUGCACGCACCAAUACUCCAUCAGUGUUGGUGCUUAGGAAUUAUCAAAAUGGGGUCCCAGGGACCCCAGCAAGUCAUAAAAAUGGGGCCCCACAGUACAUUUUUGGGGUCCCACUUUUUUUGUAACCGAUUUGAAAACAAAUGAUAAAUGUAUGCUUUAUCCUGUUAUAUCUCACAUUCUAUAUUGUGUUUUGGAAAAAGGUUGACAUAAACGUUAAUUUUUUAAAAAUAAAUAAAAAUUUUUUAUGCAUAUUUAAAUGUAUUCAGUUAUAAACCAUUAAUUCACUUUCUUCUUUCCUUCAUUGAUCUAAACUUUACCGCUGCCGGUAUUUUUUUUCUAUAUUUUUAUUGUAAUAUUUUCAGAAUGUGUUUGUUCUAUUUUUGGCCAAAGUAAGUCAAAGAAAUCAAUCUGAAGUUGUCUUUAUUUUUUUAGUUUUAAUGCCAUGAUUUUAAUAGUCCGGCCCACGUGUGCACAGAUUUGUGGCCCCUCAGCUAAAAUGAGUUUGACACCCCUGAAUUAAAUGAUGCCAUUUAAUUUGUAUAAUGAAUUAAUAUGAUAGUAAAUUAAUGACAUAUAAUAACAAACGUACAGAUUUAAAUCUAAUAUAAAAUAAUUUAGACUUAGACUUCCUUUCAUUGUCAUUCAAAUUUGAAUUUAAGAACGAAAUUUCAUUGCAUUAGCUCGUUGUAGUGCAGGAUAAAAGAACAAUACGGUGCAGAUAUAAAUAAAUAGAUUACUGUACAGAUAAAUAUAUUGCAUUUUUGCAUAUGCAUCCACAUGUAUGGAUGUAUGUUGUAUUGUCUUUAUAUUCCAGCUAGUUAAUCCGUUUUUGGGGCGGAAUUGAGGGGAUAAUUAUGAUGCGUUCAAGAGUCUUACGGCCUGAGGGAAGAAGCUGUUACAGAACCUGGAGGUUCUGCUACAAAGGCUUUGGAACAUCUUUCUAGAGUCCAGCAGUGAAAACAGUCCUUGAAUGACACAUUUAAGUAAUCAUUUGAAGAUGUAUUUAUUUAUUUAAUUUUGUCCCACUUGGCACUCCGAAAAGUAACUUUCGGUUUCAUCGUACAUUAUUGGUUUUCCACGUAUUGCAUGUGUUUUGGCAUUUUUUUGGGUGCUCCCGACGUUGCACCGCGUUCGUCCCUGUGGGCCACAGCAAAUGUUAUGGCGGUUCAAUCCCCCCCAAAAAAGAGCCUGCAUUACAGUUGUUUUCGGUCAACAUUGAGAUACAUGAAUCUAGACCAGACCUGGGAAAAAUAAGGCCCGGGGGCCACAUGCGGCCUGUUAAGCUUUUCAAUCUGGCCUGCAGGACAUUCCCAAAAAAUUUUUUUGGAUCUUUAAAAUUGAAACUAGCUGCCAUUAUGAUGUGCAGUGAUGUUUUCUAAUGACCGCAAGUCUUGAACUAUACAAAGUAUUUCAAUGGUUGGAAUCUGCGCUUAUGGAUGAUAUACCAGUUACUAUGGUCAUCUAAUUAGUUACUAUGGUCAUCUAAUUAGUUACUAUGGUCAUCUACGUCACAGCAUUUUAGACGAGGCACGACGCAGUGUGGGCGGGAAGCGUUUCCAAAGACGCGGAAGGAGAUUUUCACAACAAAGUUCUAAAGCUUAGUGAUAUAUCAGAUAUAUCAGAUUGUAGGUGGGUUUAUUUUGUACCUUUCGCGUUCAUAUUACACUGUUUGUUGCAUUUUUGUUGCGUUUCACUUGAUUGUAAAAUAUGUCGAUCGAAAGGCGGUGUGACGUUCAUAUUUUGUCAAUAUUCAGUGUUUUAUUGUUCGUAGAAAAAUUUAAAAUUCCAUUACGUUUUUUCAGGCGGUCUGUCAUAAUGUUUUUAGCAUUCAAUCAGACAUUAUUGUGAGGUUUUGUAUUAGUGUUCCUAAAAAUAGAUAUACCGGCCCCCAGACACAUUUUUUGCUCUAAAUGUGGCCCCCGAGUCAAAAUAAUUGCCCAGGCCUGAUCUAGACAGAUGAAGUAUUUCAUUGACAUGUGUCCCCCGAGACUUGAGUUUGACACCAAUCUCCUCUCCGACUCUGUUGUGUUGAAAGCGAUUGUCGUUGUCAGA